UUUAAAAUUUUUAAUUUUUAAUUUUCAAUAAAUGCAACCGCCAUCGGCCAAGGUGAUGUUCACCGCCUAUUUGAACGGAUCUUGUACAGUUUCCUAAUUAACCUUCCCCUUCGUCUCACAGUAGACAAUGGAAUCCUCCUCUCAGAUCUCCGAUGGCACCGCCGUAAAUCCCAGCGAAAUCCACGGCGGAGAAGAAGAAGAAGAAGAAGAAGAAACAGAGUCGAUCUGCGACUCGGAGGCGUGGGAAAUCCUGAGCAAGAGCUUUGCGGAGGUCCAAUCGCUGCUUGAUCGGAACCGCCGCCUGAUCCGGCAGGUCAACGACAACCACCGCUCCAAAAUCCCCCAUAAUUUGGCCGUCAACGUCAAAUUGAUCCGCGAGAUUAACUCCAAUAUCUCCAAACUCGCCGCCCUUUACUCCAACCUCUCCGCCAAUUUCUCCACCGUCGUUCGCCGGCGGCUCUCUGCCGGAAAAUGAACAUCGAGUAAUUAAUUUCCUCCACUCUACUCUGUCUUCAAAAUAAAUUAGAUUUCAGCCAUUUGAUUUUUCUAAAUAAAAAAAUAAUUGAGUUUUGUUGUGUUAGUUGGUUGAUUUGUUAGCUAGUGAGUCCAUUUAUGUAAAUUUACUGCAUGAAUUUUGAAUAUCGUCGUGUAGUUUAGCUCUACGUGUGCUUAGUGAAUGUUUAUUUAAUUUCGAA